AUGGAGUCUAUACAAUUGUCGCAUGAUAACAUCUCCUGGCGUAUUUGGGUUGGAACAACAACGACUGUUGUCCCUGCUAUAAUAGCCGUGACGCUACGAUUUGCUGCCCGCUGUGUUUCUCGCGCGGGUUUCUGGUGGGAUGAUUAUACUAUUUUGAUAGCUCUGGCUAUCAACUUGGCUAUGGUAGCCGUAAGAUGGUCUCAGAUUCUACUUUGGGGUUCAGGUCAACAUGCCUAUGACCUUCCAGUGGAAACUGUCGAGGCUUUCACAAAGAGCUUCUUGGCCGUUCAAAUCCUCUACUUUACCAAUGCUGUUUUCACCAAAACAUCCCUGCUGCUCCUAUACUACCGAAUCUUCGGCGUCAUUAAAGGCUUUCGCUGGGUUCUCUGGACAGCUGGGUUCCUCGUCAUUGCAUACUAUAUUGCUUGCGUCAUCACAUCCAUUGCCGGAUGCUCGCCCGUAAACAAGUUCUGGAACCCGUCUGUUCCCGGAAAAUGUAUCAACGAAGUGGAAUUCUUCCGAUACAACGGCAUUGCAAACAUGCUUCUCGAUGUUAUGGUUCUUUGCCUUCCGUAUCCAAUGGCCUGGCGCUUGCAGGCAACUGCCCGGCAAAAGCUUAUUCUCACUGGCAUGUUUCUUCUUGGAGGAUUCGUCGUUGUCGUUUCAAUCCUUCGAAUUACAAGCUUCAACUUUCACAGCUUUAAUGAUGCAACCUACGUCAGCGCGACCCCUUCGACUUGGUCUUCCAUCGAACAGUCCGUCGGAAUUAUCUGCGCCUGCCUACCUACCUUUCGUCCUCUUCUACGGUGCUGGAUGCACGGUGGCUCGAAGGGAAAGAACACACUUUUCAGGAACAGCACUUCUUCCAGUCAUCCUAAAAGUGUCCCCCUGGUCGGUCGGUCGUCGCAAGGCGAUGAGGAGAGCGGAGUGGUCUCGCCAGUCCCACCAGUCUCUCCGCUUCAACCAGCACACGUGCGUGGGCAUUCGUCUCACGAACUAGGUAGUUUCGAAAACCAGUCUCGCGGAUCCUGGACACCCAUGCCUCCCAUGAGUCCUACGAGCCCUCUUUCUCAAGUCUUUGAAAGUGGUGAACAGGAACGGUUCAUGCAUCGACCUGAAUCAUUUGCUUAG